CCUCCUCCCCCCUCCCUCCCUAUCUAAAUUACAAGUUUAGAGAGUUUUUGUAGCAACCAUGUUGUCUACUGUUCCAGCCAUGCUUCCCUCCGACUCCCUUCUCCAUUUCUCUGCUUUCGACGGGGGCUUUACCCCCGGAGGCGGCGGCUUCACGCCAUGGGAUUGCUCGGAACUUUUUCCAGCAAUUCAAUCCCCAAAACCCACAAUCUCAACCCUAAGUUCUGGUCUGGUCCAGUCUCCAAAAACAGUGAUUUCAAGUUCCGGUUCCGAAGACGAUCCAAACCGGUUGAUUCAACCGGACCGAAUGAACCGGACCCAUGCCAAUGCGAAGCCAUGCCCAAAUGAUGCCUCGAACCGGGCGAUUUCUGUGGUGGACGAGAGGAAGAGGAGGCGGAUGAUAUCGAACCGGGAGUCGGCGAGGCGGUCUCGGAUGCGAAAACAAAAGCACUUAGAAAACCUAAGGAACCAGGUGAACCGGCUUAGGAUUGAGAACAGGGAACUGAAGAACCGGUUGAGUUACGUUUUGUACCAUUUUCAGAGGGUUCGGACCGACAACGAUAGGCUCCGAUCCGAACACGUCCUGCUCCGACAGAAACUGUCGGACAUACGUCAAAUUUUGGUUUACCGGCAACUACAGUCUUCUGCAUGGCCAUGCAACACCGUUAUUCCGGAACAAACCCCGUCAUUAAUUGCGUAAUUUAUUAGAAUAUUAAUAUUAUUAAGAGAAAAAUAACCUCAUUAAUUUCGGAAAACAAGAACAAAGAGCUAGCCAUGCACUUCUCUCUGAGUCUCUCUCUCU